CGAUGCUUCAAUCCGCGUCCAAUACCAUGUCGACUUUCGGGGAAGCAAGGAUAAAACGGGCGUUGCUUACUAAGCGCACCUCAAAUGAGUGGUCGUGAAGCAGCAAUUUUCGUGAUGAUUGUGAGGCUCUGCGCUGCGGGGAAUUGACUCCAGGGAUCCGUGGUUGUUAUUGUCUCCAAUUACGAUCUUUCUAUACGACAUCCUGGAAAAAUAUCUAUAUACACUGCUUCACCGGUGGACGAUACCUUGCUGUACAGUAUUUGAAUAGUUAUUGAAUAGCGUUUCGAGUGUUUGAAGGAGGCUGCAUGUAUGAAGUACCACAAUGCGUGAGAUGUGAGACAGGAGGCUCCUGGCAAUGCAUCAACCAUGUCGUGCACACACAUUAUAGGGUUGUCAUUGCACGUGUGGCAUUCUAUACUGUUCUAGACUGGCAACAAAUAUGAAUAUAUAUCGCAUGUUAUCACUUCUAUUCACCUACGAACCUCCCGUCCAUUCCAGCAACUCAAGUCACAUGAUCUCUAUAACUCCACUGCCACGGAAAAAGCGGGGGGAAGGGGCAAUUCUACUCCGAAUGACUGUUGCCAAUUAUUGGCGUUUUUUAGCUCCCGAAAAUGAUCCGAUAGAAAUCAAAAUCUCAGGAAUACAUAUAUUCGUAUUCGUACAUAUUGGAUGGAAGACAAAGACCUCGGAAUACUCGAUUUUUGUAUUCGUACAUAAUGAAAGGCCGUUAGAAGGGUGGUCCAACGGCACGGAAUAAAUCCGAUCAAAUUAUAUCCCAAUCCCAACGUCAAACCCAGCCUCGUUCAUAUACUCUCCUCCUGGUGACGCCGUAUCCAUUCUAUAUAUCACAUGGGAUAUCCAUCGUCUAGCCACCAUCACCACUCUCACCACCAACCUCACCCCCACCGCCCAUCAUGUCCCUCGGCCGCCUCCACAACUUCCUCUCCGGCCACCGCGCCGAUGCCUCCUCACCCCCUCCCCACUUCCUCGCCUUCCGCUCCUCAAAACUCUUCAUCAUCCUCACCCUCUGCGCCGCCGUCUUCAGCGACAUGUUCCUCUACGGCGUCAUCGUGCCCGUCGUCCCCUUUGCCCUGACCGCGCGCGCUGGAGUCCCGGAGGGUGACGCCCAGCACUGGGUCAGCGUGUUGCUUGCCGUCUACGGCGCCGCGCUGCUCGUGUCGGCGCCCAUUUCGGGGUGGUAUGCGGAUCGCACGAGUAGUCGGAGACUGCCGCUACUGUUUGGCCUCGUGGCACUGACAGGGGCGACGGUGAUGCUUUGUCUUGCAAGGAGCGUGGCGCUGAUGGUUGUUGGGCGGCUGCUGCAGGGGUGUGCGGCGGGUGUGGUCUGGACGGUCGGCAUGGCGUUGAUGGUCGAUACAGUCGGCCAGAAGGAUAUUGGGCAGCUUCUGGGGUAUGUUGGGAUUUCGAUGUCGGUGGGGAUUAUUGCUGCACCGUUGGUUGGAGGGGUGGUGUACCAGAGGUGUGGUUACUAUGAAGUUUACUAUGUGUGUUUUGGGCUUUUGGCGCUGGAUAUUGGAAUGAGGUUGGCGUUGAUUGAGAAGAAGAUUGCGGCGCAAUGGGAUGAUGUGGUAGGUGUUAAGCCGGCAGUUGAUGUGGGCGAAACGACGGCGGAAGAGGCGAGAGAGACGGAUUCACCUGCCGCGGUGGCGACGGAGAAAACUCUAGACGUCCCUGGUGUAACAAGCAGCACCGACGCCUCCACCACCAACGAAGCACCAACUUCGGCCCAACCGCCUCCCGCAACCCCUUCGCCCCGGCCCCGUCAUCCAAUGCUCACCCUCCUCUCCUCGCGCCGCCUCCUCGCCGCCCUCUGGGCCUGCCUAAUCCAAGCCUCCAUCCUGACCGCCUUCGACUCCGUCCUCCCCCUAUUCGUCGCCCGCACCUUCUCUUGGUCCCCCACCGGUGCCGGCCUCAUCUUCUUGCCCAUCCUAAUCCCUGGCUUCUUCGCGCCCCUCUUCGGCGCCAUCGCCGACCGAUACGGUCCGCGGUGGCUCGCUGUCUCGGGGUUUUUGGGCGCGAUUCCGUGUUUGGUGUUGUUGAGAUUCGUGGAUCAUAAUUCCACGAGGCAGGUCAUUCUGCUGUGUGCGUUGUUGGCGCUUUUGGGAACGGCGCUGGCGGCGGUUAUGCCCCCACUGAUGGCGGAGAUUACAUAUAUUGUUGAAGCGAAGGAAGUGCGCAGCCCGGGAAUCUUUGGGGCGAAGGGAGCAUAUGCGCAGGCAUAUGGGCUGUUCGUUAUGGCGUUCGCUGGAGGAUGUCUAGUGGGACCGAUUUGGGCGGGGUUUGUGGAUAAUAAGAGUGGAUGGGGAACGAUGGGGUGGUCGUUAGCAAUAUUGAGUUUUGCGGGGGCGGUGCCGGUAUUUAUUUGGGCGGGGGGGUUGGUUACGAGGAAUAAUGCGAAGACGGGGGCGGAGAGGGCGGCGGGGAAGAGGGAGGUUAAGGUGGAUGAUGGAGGGGAAGAGGGGGUGGUGGGGGAGGAGGCGAGGUGAUGGAAUGGGUUGGAUUGUAGAUUUUGGAUAAUGUUUGGAUAUAUAUAUACCAUUGCUACUCUGGCGUUGAUGGGAGAUUUAGAUAAAAUAGAACCGCUCAAUUAUUUACAAAUAUAAUUAUGAUAACUUUA